CACACACACACACUCACACACUCACUCACUCCUCUCUGGCUGCACUGUUUGCGCUCUUGGACUCCGCUCAAGGAAUUACGUCGCUGGGUGUGGUGACUUUCAUGAGCUUCAUGAGCCCAGUUUGCUCAACAUGGGCUUGUAGGAGACUGGGGUCUUUCAGCCUCUUCACCAAAAAACCUCUUUAAAACGACUCAAAUAUUUUACAUCGAAAGAGGAAAAACUGACGUGAAACGUCUGCUUAAUGUUUUAUGUUAAACACAUAAAUGUGAAGCGGCUGGGUGAGCGGCGAGGCGGUCCUGAGAGAGCGCUAGGCUUUAGGGAUGCCCUUCCUCUCCACUGUUGGGCCUCAUUAAGACAAUCUCAGUACAGUACAUAGGAAAUGAGUCAGAGGAGCUGAGAGCCCAGUGCGUGGGUGUGGGCGCUAUUAAAACAAGGCCGAGACUUGCGGUGACUCAUUCACAUGCUCGCUCUGCUGCGGCGCGAAACGGGCAGCUGCGGCUUCUUCAUCUUCCGAAACUUUUUCGCAGGGAUUGCAGCUGAACAACAAUGGAUAUCCAGGCCGUCUGCCGCCUCUUAUGUCUGGUCCUCGUGGCCGGAACGCAUUUAGGCGGAGGGGUAAACGCGGAAAACACCUCCUGUAAAAACAAGUAUUUUUAUAGCAAAGACAUUGGACAGUGUGUACCCUGCUCUUCAUGCAUACAGUACCCCAAAACCCCAUCAUGUGAUACAUGCCCACCCGACGAGCCCCAGGAUUCAUGGAGGGUGGCAGCCAUUACCAGUUUUUCAGUGCUGGCUGUUGUGGUUGUUUCUGGAGCUUUGCUCAUAGGAGUUCUAGUACAUCAAUGCAGGUCCAGAAGAGCUUUGCGUGAGCCAAUUGAGGAAACUACAGGACCUCUUUAUCCAGUGUAGGCACUUAAUGUGCAAAAGCUGAUGGGACAAGACUACAGGACAACCAUGUGAGCUGUUAGUUCAGUCAGCGAACAGCUGGCUAAAACAUUGAGUGUUCUUUGAGUAGCAUGUAACUCUUCUAAUUUAUUAUGUAGGUAGGUUAAGCAGAGAGGUGUUUAAUGCACUCCAGACAAACUGUCACCGCAAUCUCAAAAGCCGCACUGAGACUUUGUCAUUCACUGAGCAGAAGGUGUGAGCAAACCUGAGGUGCUGUUUGAUUAUUAUCCUCUACAUGACAGCAGGUGGAUAACCUAAAGUGGAUGAAUGAAUUACGUCUAACCUCUGUGCACACUUUCUAGGGUCAUUUCUCUUACAGGCAUUAUUUUUAAAAAUGUUAUAGCAAGGAUGUUUUUUUUAUUCCUUUUUUAUAUAUUUGUGACCCCUAUGCACUUACGUCCAUUCAUGUCAAUUUGUAAAGCUUUCUUUUUUUUUUUUUUUUAAAUUUAUGGAGCUAUCCAGCAAAAAAACUGCCUUAACAUGCCAGGAGAAUAGUGUAUAUGAAUAAGGGCUGUACAUCACACAGCAAUAGAUUUUGUACAAUACCUAUUUACCUCUACAUAAGAUUUAUUCUGGCAUAUGGCAUAUUGAAUGUAUUAUGUAACCAGUGUUUUUAUAGAUCCGUGAUCUGUUUUAUAUUUGAGUACUAUGCACUGUUAAAAUGUAGUCAUUGUAGUACCAAGAAUGUUCUGAGACCGACUGGCUAAGUAGCCUGUCUAUGGCGUCAUAGUUGUGGGACAUUUUGCAUCUGUAGGGGUGCCAGUGGAAGGGUGCCUCACUUAAAGGCUGCUACAUGUGCUAGCAGCCCGUUAAACAGGAGGAUGCAGCCUGAGAAACAUCGUAAAUCCCCUGAAUUCUCAGCCAUCAUAUUAAAGAUGUUCUGCACUUCUUGUCUCAUGAUGCCUUUACAUCGAUGCUUCAUAUCAGAAUUGCUUAAAUAAGCCUGUAUUUGAAAAUGUGAUGGACAGGAAUUCAUAUGAAUGAAAAUAUAUUGUAGAGUGUCCAGUCACAUAACAAAACAGACUAACCACCAGACUAGUCAGUAGCAGGUUCACUGUGUAACUUGUAGAUAUUCACAAUUAUUUUACUAAAUUUAAGUUUGCCUUGCGCAUCAUUUUCCAAAAGCCAUCACACUCUAUAUUCAGACUUAACAGAACACCAUUGUUUUCCUGACACAUUUAGCAAUAGAUGAGGCAUCAACGAAGAAAGGCUAUCAGCGAAUCCAAGCUUGAACAAGUACACAAUAUUAAGUUUAUAUAAACAUUUUUCUACUGGUCCCUGUCAGUGUUUAAAAGAUAUUAUGUAAGACCACAUUGUCAUUUACAUUUAAAUGAUGUUGGACUGCAGACCAGACUAAAUAUUUGUGAGCAAUAAACUGAGACAACUGUCUCAUAUUCAGUGAAUAUG